CGUCCGUAACGACGAGGGGUACAGCCGCGGGGUAAAAGAAAGGGAGGAGGUGGGGAGGGGUGGCCCGAUUGAACGCAGGCAGACCGCUUCGUGACCUUGGUGCGCGCGACACUUAACAUCUUCUUCUGGAGUAAUAAAGAAAAAUUUAAUCGGUAUCUCGUGCAAGUCCAGGGUCGGAUACGAGGAGUACCUGGUGAAUCCCGCGCGCGAAUCACCGCCCACGAAUCAGACCGUAUCUCGGCCUCGUUCCGAGACACAAUUGCAAUCGCGAGUAUCCAAACAGCGAGAUAAUGUGAUAUCGGAGUGUUUUCGAAAAAGAAGAAAGAGAGAAGGGAAGUCACACAGAAAGAGAGUAAAGGAAAAUCGGUGAAUGCACAAUAAGAGCGCAACGACGGGGGGGUUGCAACAAGAGGGUUGCAACGACGGGUAACGCGGGAGUAUGCGCGGGUCCUGGUAGCACCGGCUGCUGUCGGAGGAUGAACGGGACGACGACGAAGGAUUAUUAAGUGGAGGAGCGCCGAGAGAAAGAGGUGGUGCAUCGCGGUGUUCCAUGAGAUGUCAGUGGACCCGUUAUCGGGGACAGUUACGCCGUCGUCGUCGUCGUCGCCGUUGUUGUUGUCGUCGUCGUGAUCACCAUGAGGAGGUCCUCCUACGUCAACUACUACGUCCUAUGCCUCGUGUGCUGGAUCCUACUAGGCAUUACCGGGGUAAGUACGAGAUCUCAUUCGCUGGUGAAGAGAUUCGACGGGAUUUACACGGGGCCUUACUUCGACUCGAACACUCCAACGAACAUCACGGCGCAGUUGGGCACUCAUGCUUACCUACCGUGCAAAGUGCGGCAGCUUGGUAACAAAUCAGUCUCCUGGAUCAGAAGAAGAGACUCGCAUAUCCUCUCGGUGGAUAGAACCAUGUUCAUUCCGGACGAAAGGUUCCAAGCGAUUUUCGGGGAGGCGGACACGUGGACGCUGCAGGUGAAAUACGUCCAAGCACGCGACGAAGGCGAGUACGAGUGCCAAAUCUCGACCGACCCGAAGAAGAGUCACAUCAUCAAGCUCAACAUCGUCGUGCCAAAGAUCGAGAUCUUGGGGGACCGUGACAUGUACGUGAAAACCGGCAGUACAGUCGCAAUACGAUGCGUAAUAAAGCAAUCCCUCGAGGGCCCGUUCUACGUUUUCUGGUACCACGAGGGCGAUCGCGUUCUAAAUUAUCAGCUGGGCAAGAUCGAUAUUCAGACGAAGAGGAUCGAGCAGGAUACGGUGAGCAGUCUCGUGAUCCACAACGCGAGACGGGAGGACUCGGGUAACUAUACUUGCAGCCCGAGUAACUUGGAUAGCGCGAGUGUGCAGCUGCAUGUGUUAAACGGGGAACACCCCGCGGCUAUACAAAGAGGCAUCAGUUCAGCGCCAGGUGGCUGUCCUACUCUAUGGUGGCUGGCAGGAGUGGUGACACUGUACUCGAGUCACGGCAGUCGUCUAUUCGUCCUCGUUCUUCUGAUCCUUAUGGUUCUCUACUCGAAAAAUCCAUCUUGCUUUGCGACGGAACGAUAAUCAGACAAGACCGCAAGGAUGGUAUACGCGUAUAAUCGAUUAUCUCCUGCUACGAGACCCCGACUACCUCGAGAGAAGAGAUCCUCGAUGUUGCGGACCGAUUUUCAGAGAUCAAGGACAAAAAGGACGAGGAUGAAAGGAUUAGGAAGAUAGAGGGUAAUACGAUAAAGAGAAAGAGAAAGAUCGGAGGAAAGAAUAAUGAUCCCGGAGAGGUAGUAUGUUUUUUCUCCGUACGCGUGAAGUAAGAGUUAGAGAUUCAUCUCGAUUAUCGAGACAGUGAUCCGGCCGUUAGAAAUUAGGAAUUAGUUUAUUAUAUGAAUUCUUGUUAAAUUGCUGCGAGAAGCUAUACGUGCUGGAGAAGCUACG